AUGUAUCCACAGGCAUCUAAAGUGACAUUCAAAACCGGAAACUGUACAUUCAAGCGCGAUGUAUUUUCCAAUUUCACAGUGCAAAUUGUUAACAGUAAGGUUCAAAUUGACAUACGUGUUAUAAGGAUACUGGCGGAAGGCCUUAAAGGUCAUAUAAGCUUCGAAGUUCGAAUGUCUAAAAGCAAGUCAUAUCAACGUGUGUUUCAGCACGAUAUCAACUAUUGUGCACUGCUGAAAGGCUCCCAACAAACAAUAUAUCGUCGCUGGUACAACAGCAUGAUGAAAACAGGAAACUUCGCUAGGAGCUGCCCCAUACAGCCGGGCUAUUACUAUCUACAGGAUUGGCAGUUGAAGGAGGACCUUGUGCCAACCUUUUUAUACGUGGGAGAUUAUCGGAUUGCGGGCAGUUUUUACUAUGGAAAGUACUACAAAAGAAACGAUAAGCUGUUGGUGGAAUGUAUAUUUGAGGCCUUACUGACUUAA